GUCAUCAGUGGUAGCAGUCCCAAGCAAAAACAGAAUGAGUUACGAGCAUGUUCAUGAAGAUCCCUAUCCUCCACCAGGUUAUGCUCCACCACCGCCAGGGCCACAAGGAUACCCACCUCCAGGACAGCCAGAACCAGUUGGGUACUACGGUGAAGCACCACCACCACCACCACCAGGACCUCCCAGUUAUCAGGGAUACUUUAAUGAUCAAUAUCCGCCUCCUGAUCACAUCCACCAUGACCAGCCUGCUGAUCAUGAUAGCAGUGGUUGUUGUUCCUUUUUAAAGGGCUGUUUGGCUACUCUUUGUUGUUGCUGUUUGUUGGAGCAGUGCUGCAGCUGCUUCUAAUUGGCUGGAUGCCAUGAACCUAAAUAUCAAGAGUGUUAUGUCUCAAAUAUUUGCUGAGUUAAUGGAGCUUAUUUAUUGUAAAUUUGGAGGACUCCUUGCUUAGAUAUAUUUUAACAUAUGUGUGUUGAAGCUGCUUUAUUAUGUCCUCACUGCAGCUAUGAUGAUAUUAAUGUGAGGAAUCUGUCUGCAUCAGUGUGGUAGUACUUUAAUAUAGAAAGUAAUUUCAUAGAUUGGUAAUUGCUGAAUUCUAUACCAAGUUGCUGGGAUUACAAAGUA